CAUCCCACAGCCGAUAUGGCUCGCCUUGCCAUCGACAGCCACGACCCAGACAUCUUCACCAUCAUCUGCUUCAACGACAGCUUCCAGCUCGCACUCGACCACGCCGCCAUCAAGACUCUCCUCCGAGUGUGCAAGCGGGCCCGGCCUCUCCUGAGCUCCAAGCUGCCUCGCUUCCACAACUGGUGUCAGAGUAUGGAGCUCCUCAAUCCAGAUGGACAGUUGCGGAUCGGCCUCACGCCGAGCGACGAGAUUGCCAUCUCACUUCACUGCGAGGGUCAACAGACGGCCGACCGAAUCUGGCUCGAUAUUCAAGCAGAUCAAGGCAAUGCUGCUGCCUCGUAUCUCCUCGCCCGGAUCCUCCAAAGCAAAGUCUCCCGACGACAGACCGAUGACUCUCCCGACUGGGACACCAUCCACCAGCAAAUCACCACUCUCCUGCAAACGGCCGCAGACAACAACCACCCCAUGGCCCAGUUCCAUCUGGCCGAAUGCUAUUACCAAUGUCUCGGAGUCGACCAGGACCAUGCCAGGGCUGCCGAGCUGUAUCGCCAGGCAGCCAUCCAAGGAUAUCCGCGAGCUCAAGUCGGACUCGGUCGCUGCUUCGAGGGAGGCGAAGGUGUCGAUCAAGGCUUUGACUCAGCCAUCGAAUGGUAUUCCAAGGCCGCCGACCAGGGCAGCGAGGAUGGUCGACUCCAUAUCCAUCUGAUGGCGGUGUGUCUGUUCAACGGCUUCGGAGUCGCGAGGGACCAGAGCAGCGCAGCUGGCAUAUUCGAGCAACUCGCCGCUGAAGGUCACAGCGAUAGCCAGUUUUGGAUCGGCAGAUGCCACUACUUUGGCGAGGGAAUCUCGUCGAACGAGUCAAAGGCAUUCAAGUGGUUCAGCCAGUCGGCCGAUCAAGACAGCUCGUAUGCACAGACCAUGGUUGGGACGUGCUAUCGCUGGGGAUAUGGUGUCGCCGUCGACCAUGCCAAAGCAUUUGAGUGGUACCGCAAGUCGGCUGAGCAGAACAAUCGGCAGGGCCAGUGCUGCCUCGGGGACUGCUACCAGACCGGACGAGGUGUUGCCGCGGACAUUGACACCGCCGUCUUCUGGUACCGCAAGGCUGCCCAGCAGAAAGACCACCAGGCCCUCAACACACUCAAGCAUCUCGGCGUGUGGCUUUGACCCACCAUCGGCCUGUAUCAAUACACAGCUCCGUUUGGAUCAACUCUGACACUGGCGCAUCAGGUUGAUCCAGCGGAAAUGGCAAUGAAACCAUGAUCAUUCAAAGCUUCAUGUUUCGUCUGUUUGGUGGCUCAGGGGAUCCAUGGACGGGGUUUCGCUUGCGUUGUGGUGCACAUAUAUGCAUGUUCAACAAUCACAACUGAACGGCGAUUCUUGUUUAUCGUCAAGCUCUCCUUCUUGGAGCGUUGCGUCCGAUCCCUUCGGUCGGCAACGCAUGGCUCUCCGGUCGUCGCAAGUCUCGCUGAAUCGAAAACACAUGCGAUGUCUCGAGCAGGGUGAGCUGGGAGGAUGCCUGCGCGGUCUCGGCCACAACAUCAGCAAAUCCCUGUUUCUCCUUGAGCUCGUUCGACACACUCGGGAUCGAUGAAGUAUUGUAUAGGCUGUGCAUCGCUGCCCGAUAC